UUAGGCUGAAUUUGACACACAAUGAGGUGCAGGGAACAACCUAUCGCGAAACGCCGCUGUAAAUAAAUAGAACAAUCACUGAAGCCACAGAAUCAUGGAGAAUCAGUGCACAGUGCAGGUGAAGCUGGAGCUAGGACACCGAGCCCAGUUGAGGAAGAAGGUGACCUCGGAGGGCUUCACCCACGACUGGAUGGUGUUUGUGCGAGGGCCUGAGACUGGGGACAUACAGCACUUUGUGGAGAAGGUUGUCUUCCGGCUACAUGAGAGCUUCCCCAAACCCAAGAGAGUAUGCAAGGAGCCACCAUACAAAGUGGAGGAGUCGGGCUACGCUGGGUUCCUCAUGCCUAUCGAGGUCUACUUCAAGAACAAGGAGGAGCCUAAGAAGGUGUGUUUCAACUAUGACCUCUUCCUGAACCUGGAGGGGAACCCCCCUGUCAAUCACCUGCGCUGUGAGAAACUCACCUUUAACAACCCCACACGGGAGUUCAGACGCAAGCUGGUCAAGGCUGGAGGGGUCAUGGUGGUGCCGGAAGGGACGGAGGCAGUGUCGAGGCCCAGUCCAGACUACCCCAUGCUCCCUACCAUCCCACUGUCUGCCUUCUCAGACCCCAAGAAGACCAAGACCUCCCACGGGUCAAAGGAGCCCAGUAAAGAGGGCAGUGGAGGCAGCAGUAAAGGGCCCAAGCCCCACAAGCUAACCAAGGAGCACCGUGAACGCCCCCGCAAAGACUCUGAGAGCAAGGCGGCGUCAAAGGGUGACAGCGACCGCGACGGGGGAGGAGGGGGCAGCAGCAAGAGUGCCCGUGAGCCCUCAUCCUCCUCUUCCAAGAAGCCAGCGGAGAUCAAAGUUAAAGACGAGGGCAAGGUCCUUCCCAAGGCUGCCUUCAAAGAGCCCAAACUCACACUGAAGGAGGCCAAGAUGGAGGGCAUGUCCCCCAAAGGAGGGGGGGCUGGGGGAGGGGGCCCACUGGAGCCCAAAGCCCCCGGGAAGCGGCCUUCCACUGCGGAGUCUCCAAAACCCAGCACCAAGAAGCCAAAGAAGGGCAGCUCAGAGGGAUCUAAGGGGACAGCUGCAGUGCUCUUCACCGGAGCCUCUCCCCGGGUCUCUUCGUCAUCUUCAGUCAUCACAGGCUACCCAGAGAAGAAACCCCCCAAGGAGAAAGGCCGCUGGCCCAAGAGCAGCAGAGCCGACACUCAGGAGGCCAAGGAGCCCAAGAAACUGCCUGAGUCUGACGACUCCAACUCUGAGGAUGAAGCCUCCUCCAAAUCAGAGCAGUCAGUCCCCUCCAGUCCCUCUAACUCCAGCUCCAGCUCUGACUCCAGCUCAGAGUCUGAUUUUGAGCCCGGACAGAAACAAGGCCAAGGCCCGCUGCGCUCUAUGGUGGAGGACCUACAGUCCGAGGGGUCAGAUGAUGAUGACAGCAGCUCAGAGGAAGGGACGCCUGUCAAGACCAACCCGCCCAACCGUGACUCUCGACUGAGCCUGGACAGCGAGAGUGACAGCAGUGAAGGCUCGCACCGCCCCAGUCGAGACCCGGCGCCGCCUCCACAGAAACACAGCUCCUCCAAUAACAAGGUCUUGGGCAGGAAGAGCCCAGAGAAGGUGCUGAAGAAGGGAUACGACAAGGUAGGAAGGGCCUACACAGAGGAGCUGGUGGACCUCCACCGCAGACUAAUGGCUCUGAGGGAGCGCAACGUCCUACAGCAGAUAGUGAAUCUGAUUGAGGAGACGGGCCACUUCAACGUGACCAACACCACCUUUGACUUUGACCUGUUCUCUCUAGACGAGUUGACCGUCCGCAAACUGCAGAGCUGCCUGGAGACCACGGCCACGUGACAGGAAGCCUGCAGCGCAGAGGACCGUGGCGGGGCCGGUGCUGGGCUGCUGUCUCUCCUCGGCCCCUGGACCCCCACUGGGGAGGUGGAGCUGUAGCAGAGCUACAGAGAGAAACAGAAUAACAACAGAACACACACUUUCACUAUUUUCUGGAGAAUGGAGGAACAGGACAAGGGACGAGAGAGGAUGAGGUCAAAGCAGCUAUGCCACUGUCCCUCUAACCUGGACUGGAGGACCAGACUAGGGGAGCUGGCCUGGGACUGGCAAGAGAUGUAUUAUAUAUGUUUCUUAUGGAGAGCAGCAGAGCAGCCUGUGUGCAGAACUGUGGAAUGCGACCACUCUCCUCUCCCUCCCCCUCUCGCCUCACUUCUAGCCAUUGCAAACCCAAUACUGCUCCUCUCCUUCCUCCCCACUCACACACUCUUACCCGGCACAACACUCCUCCCCUCCCCCUCAUCUCUGCUGGAGUUAAUUUCUCUAUAGGAUUAUUCCUGUCUAUGCAUGCAUUCGUGUGUGUGUGUGUGUGUGUGAGAGUGUGUCUGUGUGAGCAUUUCAGAGGCUUUAGGGGGGGAUGUCUUUCGUUAGUCACUUUUUCAGUGUUCUUUAAGCUAGCUUGAGCACAAGCAACAGCCCUUACACACACACACACACACACACACAGUGAGAGGCAUUUGGGUCCCAUGCCAGGGUGUCUCUACACACACAGGCACUAAGUUGUGUAUGUGCCUAUUGGUGGUAGUGUUCUGGAUGGGGUUCAUCUAUUGGUGGUAGUGUUCUGGAUGGGGUUCAUCUAUUGGUGGUAGUGUUCUGGAUGGGGUUCAUCUAUUGGUGGUAGUGUUCUGGAUGGGGUUCAUCUAUUGGUGGUAGUGUUCUGGAUGGGGUUCAUCUAUUGGUGGUAGUGUUCUGGAUGGGGUUCAUCUAUUGUCAGUUUCAGUUCAAACGUCCCUCCCUCCUUCCAUCUCAAUGUGCAUGAAAGGGCUCAACAGCUAGGGGAAAUAGCUGUGGAGGAUCACUUCUGAAUGGCCUUUUAAGUGUGUGUGUGUGUGUGUGUGUGUGUGGGGGGGGGGGGUAAAAAAAGCCGUAGCCAUAGACCCCCUCCUCCUCCAAACUUGUACUGAUAGGUUUGGAGUAUUUUGGGGAUUGCGAUUCAGAUACCUGUGAGCUAUGAAUGUAUUACUGCUCAUUUUCUAGGGCUAGAAACAAAACUUAUUAUCCUCUCAGUGCCUUUAUGCGUUGGCCAGUGUGAGGGUCCACUGACACUGGUUAAAGAGCAAAGUCCCUCUCCUGACUAAGUGUUAAUUGGGAAGCCUGAAAUUCCGUUUGUCAUAAGUGCCCUCUCUUAAAAUCAGUUGAUCCUCCCAGUGGGGUUUCUCUGCAAAUUGGAGGCUACUUCCAGUGAUCUAUCUCUGCUAUUAUUAGGAACACAAGCCUUCCAGAAAUCCUAAGACUCAUCUGUUCAUCAGCAGUGGUACUUUGCCUGGUUUCUCUCCAGAUCCUAAUAUGAAUGGUUGUAUAGCUGAUAUUGUGUUUGUGCCUGAGGUUUAGUUUUCUAUGGAUAGGGUCAGUGCCAGACCAGGCCUCAGUCAGUCAGUCAUGUUUCUCUUACUGGGGCUCCUCUAGCCUUCACGUCCACUGUGGUUUCACACUCAGACUAACGGUAAAGUUUUCUCUUCGGGUGCUCCCCCUCACUUUCCUUCUGUUUCACCUAGUGAACAGCUGUAUUUAUUUUGAUGAUAAUAGCUUUAAUAGUUGUGUCCGUUCUGUGUCCUAGGCCUGCAAAGUGCACACACAAUUCUCUGGCCCUUCUUCUCCUCUGUGAGGGUGUUGAGGUCUGAAUGUGUGGAUCUGUUCGAGAGUGAAACAGCAACCGCCUUAAGUUCCUCUCUGCAUCCACUCUGCUCUGUCCACCACCCCUUUAUUUGUCUGGCUGUGCCUAUGUCAACAUCCCUGCCAGUGAUUUUUAAAAGAUGUACUUUGCAACUGUGUGAGUGGGGAUGGGUUGUGUGUGUCUCAAGCGAGAGGAACGUUCUUGUCCUCGUGUGUGUGAAUAUGAGGGCCUGAAGGGUUGAGUGGCAGGCAGCUCUGUGCAGCUCUUCCAUAGAGAAGCCCCACCAACCGUCGACCAACAGUCAAUCUUUUAUUUAUGUACCUCUGCACUUUUGGCUGUGGUGACUUCAGUACUUAAGUAAUUAUCUAAACUGUAUUUUUAAGAAUUUUAUACAAUAUUUACAUGCAAUACAACAGAUUUUUUUGCCAACCUUUUUUAAAAUGAUUUAAUAGUUUUUAUUUGUGUUGGCGUGUGUUAUUAUACCUACAGAAACAUGCUGUCAAUUCUGUUCUUUUAGGCCUAAUGUUGCGCCAUGGAGAACUUCCCUGAAUGUUGUAUUGUGUAUCAUAGUUGUUGCAGUUGGACACCACGGAACAGGUGUUGGGAAUAUGUUUGAUGUACGAGCUCACCAAGUCUAUAUCAUCCAGUAUACGUUUAUCAAGGAGGAAAAGGUGGACUUUUCAGUGAGAAGAAGUAUUUUUAUGUCCUAUUAUAAUUUGAGUAUUUUUAACUCAAAGUAUGAGGCAGUGUUCUAUUUGUCCGUACUCUAUGAGGCAUGGUUACGAAGCCCAGGCACAGACUGUCACCCUCUCUUUGGUUCAAUAUUUAUCGUAUUUUUAUCCCAAGUGUGAUCCCUUAAACUUUUAAACAAUAACACCAUAGGAAAAGAUACUACGGUGGAAGGAAGCAUUUCAAUUGAAUCUAUAUCAAUAUACACUACCAGUCAAAAGUUUUAAAACACCUACUCAUUAAGGAUUUAUUAUUUUGACUAUUUUCUACAUUGUAGAAUAAUAGUGAAGACAUCAAAACUAUGAAAAAACACACAUGGAGUCAUGUAGUAACCAAAAAAGUUUUAAACACUUAGCCACCCUUUGCCUCAAUGACAGCUUUGCACACUCUUGGCAUUCUCUCAACCAGCUUCACCUGGAAUGGUUUUCCAACAGUCUUGAAGGAGUUCCCACAUGCUGAGCACUUGUUGGCUGCUUUUCCUUCACUCUGGUUCGACUCAUCCCAAACCAUCUCAAUUUGGUUGAGGCCUGGGGGAUUGUGGAGGCCAGGUCAUCUGAUGCAGCACUCCACCACUCUCCUUGGUAAAAUAGCCCUUACACAACCUGGAGGUGUGUUGGGUCAUUGUCCUAUUGAAAAACAAAUGAUAGUCCCACGAAGCCCAAAUCAGAUGGGAUGGAAUAUAUCGCUGCAGAAUGAUGUGGUUGCAUGCUGGUUAAGUGAGCCUUGAAUUCUAAAUAAAUGACAGACCGUGUCACCAGCAAAGCACCAUCACACCUCUUCCUCCAUGCUUCACGGUGGGAACCAUACAUGCAGAGAUCAUUCGUUCACCUACUCUGCAUCUCACAAGACACGGCGGUUGGGACCAACAAGCUCCCAUUUGGCCUCUAGACCAAAGGACAGAUUUCCACUGGUCUGAUGUCCAUUGCUUGUGUUUCUUGUCCCAAGCCAAGUCUCUUCUUCUUAUUGGUGUCCUUUAGUAGUGGUUUCUUUGCAGCAAUUAGACCAUGAAGGUCUGAUUCACACAGUCUCCUCUGAACAGUUGAUGUUGAGAUGUCUGUUACUUGAACUCUGUGAAGUAUUUAUUUGGGCUGCAAUUUGAGGCUGGUAACUCUAAUGAACAUAUCCUCUGCAGCAGAGGUAACUCUGGGUCUUCCAUUCCUGUGGUGGUCCUCAUGAGAGCCAGUUUCAUCAUAGCGCUUGAUGGUUCUUGCGACUACACUUGAAGAAACUUUCAAAGUUUUUGAAAUGUUCCUUAGUGACUGACCUUCCUGUCUUAAAAUUAUGAUGGACUGUUUUUUUCUUUGCUUAUUUGAGCUGUUCUUGCCAUAAUAUGAACUUGGUCUUUUACCAAAUAGCGCUAUGUUCUGUAUACCGCCCCUACUUUAUCACAACACAACUGAUUGGAUCAAACGCAUUAAGAAGGAAAGAAAUUCCACAAAUGAACUUAUAACAAGGCACACCUGUUAAUUGAAAUGCAUUCUAGGUGACUACCUCAUGAAGCUGGUUGAGAGAAUGCCAAGAGUGUGCAAAGCUGUCAUCAAGGCAAAGGGUGACUACUUUGAAGAAUCUCAACUAUAAAGCAUAUUUUGAUUUGUUUAACACUUCCUUGGUUGCUACAUGAUUCCAUAUGUGUUAUUUCAUCGUUGUGAUAUCUUCACUAUUAUUCUACAAUGUAGAAAAUAGUCAAAGAAAAUCUAAAACUUUUGGCCGGUAGAGUGUGUGAUUAAGCAAAGGUAGACCAUCUACUGUGGAUUUUAACAAUAUAGAAAGACAAAAGCAGCAAAUGGUGACUGUUCCUUCUCCUGAUGCUGUUAGGAAUGUCGGGGGGGCAUGUGCGGAGAGCCGGUUCCUGUGUCAAUGGUUGUCAUGUGUCGGGGAUGGGGUUGGCUGUAUUUAUUUAUCAAGGGAGGGUUUGCUUGGGGCGGCUAAAAUGUGUUCCAUUUAUUUGGUUAAUGCUACCUUGGGCUGAACAACAAAAUGUUGUAUUUUAAACUUGGCAUACGAUGCCACCAUGUGGCCAUAUAAUGCAAGUUGUAAUAAGGAGAACUGUUAUUUUUUAUUUUGAAAUCAUAUUAAAGUAAUUGAGUACUGUC